AUGUCAUUUUUAACCAGCAGCAAGCUUCAGUUGUCAGAUAUAAUUGUCAGAUUUUACGGGCAAACGGUGAUCGGUUCCGCGCGCGAGUUGACGACCCAGCAAAAUGGCAGCGGCGGAUUCCUUGAGGCAAAUGUCCAUGUUGCGGCAGCGGCAGCAGUUUUACAAGAAAAUUGGAGCUUUACAGGACCAGGCAUCACAUGCGUUUGCCCUCUUCAAUUCGUGUCUGCGCGCGCGCAAUGCAGAGUCGUUGGCCCAAGCCAGUCUCCGCAUGCGUGUGCCUUCUGAGCUCCGUUUUGCGGCUUGGGAACUCUUGAUGGGCCAGGAGUUUAUGAACAAGCCACAUAGCCAGCUAGAUAGCACAUUUGUCGCGCUGCUGCGCACAGCGGUCGUUCAUAACAUCCACGUUCUUCAGCGACUGCUCGCAAAGGACAACAGCGAAACCCGAGCCGUCUGGACCGAGCUCCGUGGCUAUCUACCACCGACACCAGCCCUAUCAGAUGCUCAGACCCGGUCGCUGCCCCCAACUAUCCGCGUGUCCAGUGACAUGAGUGUAGGCAGCCACUCAAGCACGGGGAGCCAAGCUGCCGGCGAAAGCUCGACGCGCGAAUCCUCCACUACCUCCCUCGUUGCCCGGCUCUUGCAGACCAGUCAACAUACACGCGAUCCUGAGCUGCUACUCGAACUCUUUGGAGAUCUCUAUGCCGUGGCCAAUGGCACACGUUUGCCCCCGCCUCCUCUUGCGCCCGCUUAUCUCAUUGGUAGCGCUGAAUCCAAAGACGUGGCUUCUUCGGGAUCGAGCCCCAUCACUUCCCCGGCUUACAUGCGCAGCGUCCCUGCCUUUGCCCUCACCCUCUUUCCGGACCUUCCAACGGCUUUUUGGUUUUCUCGCGCCUUCAUCCUUCGCUACCUCGACCCGUACCCAACCUAUGUGGCUCUGUGCUUGCGAGCCACUUUUGUCAUCUUGCAAGCCGAUGCAAUUGACCUCUACGUCCCACUCCAGGACAUUGGCAUUGAUGAACACACGGGCAUCUUGCAGCAGUGGUGUGAAUCCCUCUUUCUCGACGUUUUACCCGCCGAAUUCUGUCUCAUAAUCCUGGACAAGAUUAUCGCUUCGGACGUCAUGUUCUUGGCUGCAACUCUUGCUGCAUUGCUCAUCAGCUUUGAGGACGUGGUGAUUUCGUGUUCGUCCUCUGCUGUCUUUGAGGAAAGGCUGGUCGAGGCAAUUGAGGAUGGCAUGCUGGACCAGCGCGCGUUCCACAAUCUCACAAGCCAGCUUUACUUUCGGACAAGCCAGAUUGUGCAGCUUUGA